AUGCCAACGUUUGAAAAUAAUCUAUUAAGCCCGACAGAUCAGCUGUCUGUUAAUCAGCAGCUUGCGAGUAGCUAUUAUAUAAAUUUCUUCAAGAAUCUGAAGAGUUUAUAUGAUGACGAAAAGUUCUUCGAUGUAGAAUUGCAUUGUGAGAGCAAUGGAAAUGAAGAGAAUGUAAUUAAGGCACACAGAGUGAUUUUAUCAGCGAGUAGUAGCUACUUUGAGGCAAUGUUUGGAAAUGAUUUUAAUGAGAAUAAGAAUAAAAUUGUAAAAUUUCACUCGAUUAGUUAUAAUAUAUUAAAAGCACUUGUAUCAUUCAUCUACACGGGAAAGAUUGAGAUAAAUCAAGUGAAUGUUCAAGAGCUCUUAGCUGCUGCGGAUAUGCUUCAGUUAAAUGAAGUCGUCGAAGGAUGUUCAAUGUAUUUAUGUCGAGAAUUACAUGCAUCAAAUGCACUAGGAAUAUUGAGAUUCGCUGAGGCACACAGCUGUAAAGAGUUAGCAGACAGUGCCAAUUCCUUCAUUAAUUCACACUUUCCAGAAGUUGCUGAACAAGAAGAAAUUCUCGAAAUUUCAUCACAAAUGUUUUCUCGUGUAAUAUCAUCCGAAAUGAUAAGAGUCGAUAGUGAAUUUCAAGUCUUCUCAGCCGCUAUGCGAUGGAUAAAGCAUGAAGUCAGCAAUCGAAAACGUUUUGUUUUUGACAUUUUGUCAAACGUACGCUUAUCACUAGUUCCAUUAACAUUGAUUGAGAAUGAAAUUCAAAAAUGCCGAGACAUUUCACUUCAAAUCGCACUGAGAAGUGUUUUAAAAGAUUUGACACUCAGGCGAGGACAGUUGGUUCCAAUUAAUGCCAAUCCUCGUUUUGGAGCGAAAAAAUCUAUUUACGUGAUAGGUGGAAGUAAACGAGAAUCAACCAGUGGAUGGACUAAUGAUUGUAUAUUUGAUAGUGUCAUUAAGUACGAUAUAUUUAGACGAGAAUGGGUUGAUGUAGCACCAAUGGCUGUAGGACGAAUUCUGCCUGGCACAACUGUUUUAAAUUCUAAAAUCUACGUUGUAGGCGGUGAACGUGGAUCUCAAAUAUUUGCAAAUGGCGAGGUUUACGAUCCGAUUUUAAAUACAUGGGAAAAUUUGCCAGCUAUGAUGACACCGAGAUGCGAAUUUGGAUUAUGUGCUUUAGGUCUCACAUUGUUUGCUAUCGGUGGAUGGAUAGGUGAGGACAUUGGCGAUUCAAUUGAAAGCUAUGAUCCAAUAAGCAAGAAAUGGCAAAUCGUCGAUAAACUUCCAGAACCACGAUUCAGCAUGGGAGUCGUCUCAUUUGAAGGAUUAAUCUACAUUGUUGGAGGUUGUACGCAAAGCUCUCGCCAUCUUCCCGAUUUAAUUAGUUAUAAUCCUGUUACCAAAGAGUUUACACAUUUAUCAAAAAUGCAAACGGCGAGAUGCCAAAUGGGUGUUUCGAUAUUGGGAAGGCACUUGUAUGUAGUUGGUGGAAAUUCUAGUCACCAAGAAGUCUUACAAACUGUUGAACGAUAUUCUUUUGAUGACGAUAAAUGGACGACUGUCUCUCCGAUGACAUAUCCAAGAGCUUCACCAGCUGUCACUAGUGCUGAUGGGUUUCUUUAUGUUGCAGGCGGUGAUCAGACAUGUGAAGUGAACUUCUAUCGAGCGCAGAUCACGAUAAAUUCAUUUGAAUGCUACAAUCCACUUUCGGAUACAUGGAAGCUAUGUAACGCGUUGCCAACAAGUCGAAGUGAAGCUGGUGCUGUUGUGAUUUAA